CGUAUGGUGCCAAAGUGCGAGACAACAUGACCAGCUUAGGCUCCAUCUCGUGGUCCGACGACGGACAACAGCUGUCCUACAAAUCGCUCGAGUUUACCAUGAACAGCCUCCAAUGGUUCCUCCACGACCAGGUGCAGGAAGCGCAGGAUCAGCUGCACGAUCUAUUGCUUCUCCCUAGUAGAGAUGCCGAUAUGCAGAGUCAGCGUGUGCCGCAACUUCAUCUUGCACGCCUCAGGGACGAUCCAACUGUGUCGUUAGCCAACUACAGCUUCCUGGACAACAAGCGCAACGAAGGCAUCCUCGGCGGCAAAGAGCGAUAUCUCCUCCAUCGAGUGCGGCAGGAAGCACACGUCCGCCGCUAUUUCUUCAAAAAUCCUGAGACGCUGACCUGGAACACAUCACACGUCCAACAGUACGUAGAACGCGCCCGGGCCUUCCUCCAACGUCUACUUCUCUUGAUUCACAUGACAGGAGGCCAGCCUGCUCGCGGAACCGAGCUGCUCACCCUCCGUUGGCGCAACUCCGCCCAUAGCGAGGUCCGAAACAUCUUUGUAGAGAGCGGGAUAGUCUCGUUUGUAACGUCUUACCACAAGAAAUACUCUGCAAGCAGCUCGGCCAAGCUAAUCCAUCGAUACCUGCCGCCUGAGGUGGGCGAGCUUCUCGUGUACUACCUUUAA